AUGGCUCAGUCCGUGAGGAGGAUGGACAUCUCUAUCGAGCACAAGCCGCAGAGGGACAAGACCCGGACCAGCUACUUUGGCAAUGUGAAGAGCAGGCUUGGUUCAAAACUCCCUUCAGGGGUCUCUCAGCCUCCAACGUUCGCAAAGCCGCCUUGGGACAUUCAACCUGUUGUCCAAGGCUUGAAUGAGCCUUCUGUCAGCAACCUGUAUCACCAUCAGUACCGAACUACUCCAGUCCAACCUUUGGACCACAUCCCGCACAUUCGAAACCCAAUUUUGCGGCAGUAUUACCUGCAAGGCACCUCAUGGGACACCAACACAGCUGUGAAGCAAGAGCUAAAGGGAAAAUUAUCAAAUGCGGGCAAAAGCAGCAGUACGGAUGAGUCAGUGUUCAGUAUCUCAUCCCGGUUCGGCGGCAGUGACACAGCUCCCUGCUCGCAUUCCCGGUCACAAUCGUCACCUUUGUGCUCUGCUCUUUUCCGUAUGGAGCAGCAGCAAGCAGAGGAGGGAAAGAGCACCGUAGAAGCCAGCUUGGUUGCUUCUAAGAAGAUGAUGAUGCUGGAGAUGGACUCAGAUAUCUCGGAUCGACAUGCUGCUCCUGCCCAGUCACCUUUGCCGGAAGCAGAAUAUGACAAACUACUGGAUGUAGAGGCGGUUCCAAUGCCUGACGGACAGCUCUGCCUUUUGGCUCUACCACCUGAGUGCUGCCCGGGCGAGGGACCAGAUGCCACGCCUUACCUCAAAUUGUUCUGCCGCCACAUCACUGACCGUAAGGGCAUCGUUUCCGGUAUCCUCCUGGUGACGACAAACAAGCUCUUUUUCGACCCGUGCAAGACGCACCCACUAGUGAAGGAGCACGGCUGCGAGGAGUACCUCCUGUCAUGCUCCGUAGACAAGCUAGUGUCUGUUUCGUUCUUCUCCGACAUCUCACAUGUUCGUUUUCACUCCUCCCAGCAGAGAAGAAAAGGGAAAAAACUUUUCCACAGGAUCAAAACUGCCAAAAGCCAAGAGCAGAAGGGGGAGUCACUUUCACUUCUAGAACCUGGAGCACUUUCCAAUUUGAGCCUUAAUGAAGAAACUGCUGCAGGAAUUGAGCAAACUGAUAGUGAAAACGCGUCUGAAAAAAAACAGCUUGAUAAAAGCCCAUCUGAGGUGUUGUCGGAAGCUUCUGGAGGUGCUCUAGGUGUGGCCGCUACCUUCUGCUGCGGAGCUCCAGAGUUGCCCGGUCAAGGGAGGACUGAUGAGUUGCCGUCUUCUUCUGUGAGCAGCCCGACUCCAGUGUCUGAAAGGUCCCCAGCAGGAAGUCCCAGGUGUGUUAUGUUUGUCCGACUGCGGGUUCAGUCGUCUGCUGGACAGAAAAGGCGUGUUGGAGGGUUUCAGUUUGGCGUGACUGAGCCGACCGCUGCCGUACGGGAAGCUUGGAUUGCACUUUCACAAGAGAGCUCCGAUGAACUGCACGCCUUUCUCGAGCACCGUCGACCCGACUUGCGUCUGCACACGGGAGAAGAGGACGGGGAGGCAGAUUACAAUGAAGAGGAGUUUGUACUGGUGGAGGAUAAAGACGAAAAGGAGCUGGAGGACAUGUUACAGAAGCAGCAGAGCUCUGGGGAUGACUGGGAGAUGGUGUUGAUGGAGGACAACAGGGAGAAGCAAGGCCUACUCACUGAACGAGACCCUGAAGGAAUUAAUGCCAUUGUGGAAAAAAGCCAUAUUUUGGAAGCUUCACAUGUUAGAGAGCUGUACAAAGAGAUGCCCCCCAAAACAGUGGGCUAUACCUGGCAGCUGGCAUACAGCACGUCUUGCCACGGCUCCAGCCUCAAGUCCCUCUACCGCAAAGUGAGCCAAGCGGACUCGCCCAAUCUGCUUGUCAUCAAAGAUACUCUGGACGAGGUAUUCGGGGCGUUCCUCUCGCACCCGCUAAGGCUCAGUGAGGCGUUUUACGGAACGGGAGAAACAUUUCUCUUCAUGCUGCAUCCUCGAUUUAAGUGCUUCAGAUGGACUGGAGAGAAUUCCUUUUUCAUUAAAGGGGACUUGGACUCAUUCGCCAUUGGCGGAGGAAGCGGUCACUUUGGUCUAUGGGUGGAUGAGAAUCUGUACCUUGGCCGAAGCAGCCCCUGUUACACCUUCAAUAACUGUUGCCUCUCAGAAACAGACGACUUCCGGAUCAUGGAACUGGAGGUGUGGACAUUUUGCUGA